CAAGCUCGCUCUGGGGCUACGAUGAAUCGAUGUGGCUCGACACUUGUUAUUCCAUAAUCAAGUUGUUUCAGUCUGCCAUGAAUCGGUGACGGAAAAAGCUUUGGAUUUCUCUUGUUUCUUCAGCAGCUCCGUCACCGUUCGGAAACCCGCAAAACUUAUCAACAAUUCCUAAUGAAAAUUCCAAAUUCCAACAUGAUAACCAAUCUCAAUCUUAUCUCCUGCAACUUCUUCUCACCAUCUCUUCCUCUAAGAAUCUCCAACCUUACAAUUACCCACCAAAACCAAACCCAAACCCAAACCCGAAAACACCAGAAAUUGCGCUCCCCAACCAUCAUCCGCUUCAACUCUCCCCCAAAUUUCAACAUCCGUGGAAUUUCAAGCUCCACUAAAAUGGGUCUGCUCCAAAAAUGGCGUAGUGCAUCAGGAAGUCAGACUACGGGAGACCCAGUUGCGGAAAAGACGAGCCCAGUAGAAAGUGAGCGCGGCGGUGGCGGCACCGGAAAUGGAAAUGGUGGGGAGGGAAGAGACUGGACGACUUCGAUUUUACUGUUUGUUUUGUGGGCUGGUCUUAUGUUUUAUGUUUUCAAUCUCGCUCCAAAUCAGACUCCGUCAACGGACUUGUAUUUCUUGAAGAAGCUUUUGAACUUGAAAAGUGACGAUGGUUUCAAAAUGAAUGAAGUUCUUGUCUCUCUUUGGUAUAUUAUGGGCUUGUGGCCUCUUGUCUACUCCAUGCUAUUACUUCCUUCUGGUAGAAGUUCAAAUAGCAAUGUUCCUGUCUGGCCUUUCAUAGGACUGUCAUUCUUUCUGGGUGCUUAUGGUCUUCUUCCAUAUUUUGUACUUUGGAAGCCACCACCACCUCCUGUCGAAGAAGAUGAGCUCAAGAGAUGGCCAUUGAAUUUUCUCGAGUCGAAAUUUACUGCUGGGAUAACAUUUGCUGCAGGACUAGGUAUAAUAUUUUAUGCUGGAUUAGCUGGUGAGAGUGUGUGGAAGGAAUUUUUCCAGUACUUCAGAGAGAGCAGAUUUAUCCAUGCCAUGAGCAUCGAUUUCAUGUUGUUAUCUUCAUUUGCUCCGUUUUGGGUUUACAAUGACAUGUCUGCUCGAAAAUGGUAUGACCAAGGUUCUUGGCUUCUUCCACUUUCGCUGGUGCCAUUCUUGGGUCCUGCCUUGUAUCUCGUCCUACGACCGUUGCCAAAGACGACUCCCGUUCCACUCAACCCUGCUGCAUCUGAACCCCAAUAAUCUUGGAAAAGUGAUUUGGCAAAAUGGGAACUUGGCUGUAAUGGUGGAGAAAAAGGCUUUCAGGUACAUAGGGAAGUUUUAUACCCCACGCAUAGUAGAUAAGGAAAAAGGAACGUCAAAUGAUUUGUGAGUGUUGCUAGGUUAUGUUAAUAUAUGUUUAUUUGAUCAAAGAAUGGUUCAAUAUGUUAUGCUUCCAACAGGGUUGAUUUCGGUCAUUCCACACAUGGGUUCUCUUUUUCGUUUUACCAACAGCCCUAUUGAAGAACCUUACUAACUAAUUCACUUAGGCUUGAAUGGUUCAA